UCUGUUGUGUCGUUGUUUACUCUGAAAACUAUACAUUUUAAUAUGAUCUCAUCUGACUUGUGUCACAAAUUUGCACUCGUUUCAAGUAUUCUUGGAUUUCUUUGUUAUUCUUUAGUUUUAAGCACCAAUAACGAUGAACAGGAAGAAAAUUUUACAGUAGUUGAACCGGAAUUCAAGUACGAUGAAAUUGUAUUCAAGCUAAAUAAUUCAUCAGAAAAUUACAGUUUUGUUAACGACAGUGCUUUUGAAAUCAGCAAUAUUACUCAAGCUAUGCUUAUAAAUGAUAGUGACAUUGUAAUAUCAACCGAAUUAGAUUCAUCUAUGAGCUUUGCCGAUGAUCCUGAAUCCUGGGAAAAUGAGAUUUACAAAAAAAUUCCUCGCUUUGUGACUCCAGAUGAAGACAUCUGUAGUUGCGAUUUGUUGGUGAAUAUUUGUGACAUCAACUGCUGCUGCGAUCAGGACUGUACGGAGCAGGACAUGACCACAUUUUCAGAAUGUUACUCUCAAAACUUAACCCCUGAUAAAAAUUAUUGUUAUCAAAAAGACCUAAUUUUAAGAAACAAUACUCCUUACAAAAUGGAGAAAGAUCCUGAAAGUUCUCUCUUUUGUAUUGUUCACGAUAAUUUUAAGGAACAUUUACGAUUUAAAGACAUGCCUAUCAUCGAAUCACACAGAGACUUAAAGCUAAUUUUAAAGAACCAGAAAGAAAAUAAAUUUUCUUGGGACAAAGAAGCUUUAAAAGAUGAACCAUAUGCUGUGGAAUGGAGACAUGGAAGUUUAAUUUAUAUAUCUUCCCCUGCAGUUAAUCACCAGUCAUGGAGCUUCCCAUCUUCCUGUUUUUCAGAGAUUUGUGCCUGUAAUCAAAGAAUAUAUUAUUUGCAAGAUUUUACAUCCUCCUGCUCAAUCAUAGUAAAUAAUUUGGAAGAUGAAUGUGAAAAAAAUCCAUCUUUGUCUGCAGAUGAAUAUACUGAUUUCUGCAUUAAGUCUGAUACUACAUCUUCAGUAAGUCGAAGCAAUCUUGCGGAUUUGAUUGUGCAUACACAAGUAACCAAUUCUAGUGAUGAUCUCAAUAAUGAAUAUUCCUCCAAUAAUUUGUGUGCCAAGAGAAGCUUAAGGAGACCGACAAAAAAUAAUUCUAUGUGUAAUAAUGUAGUAAACAAGAUUGAAUUUGUAGUUGAAACUGAUAGUGUAGCUGGUGUUACAAAACUUGAAACCAAAUUUUAUUACAUAGAUUUAACUAAUGAUAAAAGAAUGUUCACGCAACAUUUUAGUGUGAAUUUCAAGUGGUUUAAUACCAGUGAUGUUUCCAAGAGAAGUGGUAAUCCAGGAUACCAAGUAGGAAUGCCCAUUCUUGCAGGAACUAAUAGUUCUAGCAGUGGUUCUGAUGAACCUCACUUUAUUACAGUCAACCUUGAAGGCUUAAGUGUCUUGAACAAAGACAGCAUCGGUGCAUGUAGUGAAACACGGAACAUCAUCAAAUUUGGUAUUAAUCUCAAAUCGAGUUGUUUUUACAAAAUAAGAAGCCGAAAUUGUAAAAUCACCCAGGAAAGCAUUUUGAAUUCAUUAUUAGGUCCAAGUGGGAAACAGUUAUUUGUUGGAAUAUUUGGUAAUGCAAAUGUUUCUAAUCCAGAGGACUGGAUUGAAGUUUACCAUGAUCCUGAGGAGAAAAUUACAGACAGUGAGGAUACAUGCUUUUCAAGUUUGGAAUUAAAAAUUGAAAUUGUUUAUGCUGCUGUUGGUACUGUAGCAAAUCCACAAUUUAAAAUCCUAGGUGUCGGAUAUCAUUAUCAGAAAUCUAAGCCAAUUGAUCUGUCAUGCUUUCCUAAUUGUUUUGAUAUUAUUGUGUCAUCAUCCGUCUCCUUUUUUGACAUAACUCGUCCAGCUGUGCCUCAAUAUGCAAAGAUACCAUCGAUUAAAGCUGAUUUGCCAAAGGAUUUCUUCUACCCAUUUUUGUAUGGAAAAGGAACAACGUGUAAUUAUUAUAGAAUUUUAAUCUUUGUACUUGUUUUCAUACAGUAUUUUCUAGUCCUGAAAUAA